AGCGGUGGCGGUCAGCACAGGGAUACGGGUGCCACCAGUAAUCUGACAUCCGAUUUUACCACCAAGGACAAAAUACUCGCUGACGUAGCUCACUUUGAUAUAUAUCGCCAGGCUAUAUCAACACUGCCCGGCUUUGUCUUGGUGCUUUUUAUCGGCUCGUGGACUGAUAGUUAUGUUCAUGGCCGCAAAAUGAUCCUGCUCAUGGGCGCAGUAGGCUAUGCUGGACAGUAUGCGGGCCUGUUGACCAAUGCCCUCAUAUUUAAUCUGGAUGUGCAUUACAUACUACUUUCUUAUGUGUCGAGUGCAUUGAUGGGCGGGUGGGCGGCCAUAUGGCUGACCAGCUAUAGUUAUAUGACACACAAUUCCCCACAAGAGUAUCGGUUCAUCAAAUUUAUGGCAUUUGAAGUGUCGGCCACAACAGCGGGUCCAUUGGGUACAUACCUGGGAGGCGUACUAAUAGGUUCGGGUAAUCCACACCCGACUAACCGCCAGAUCCACAACUAUAGCCGAGUGUUUGGCAUAUCAUUGGCCGCAACUAUCAUCUCAUUCUUAUGGGUACUGUUCGUAAUCAAUGAGAACCGGAAGAGGACGUCACCAGAAGCGGAUCCAACACUCGGAGUCGGAGACCACAACAGGAAUGUUGUAAUCAAUAGCAGUCCUCUCGACGACGAGUCGCUAGCAUUGAUUGGCUGCCAAACCGAGCACACAAUGGACACAAAGUUCCGGUGGCGACGGCUGGUCGACAUCGGGAACGUGCGGGACGUGUGGCGAACAGCGUUGAAACCACGGCCAGGGGGUCAGAGGGCGCGACUAUGGUUA